AAAAAAUAUAAGAUAGGUGCUAGCGUCGAUACUGUACUCAGGCUUUGGGAUUGGAACUGAAUGUGAGUACCCUCGAUCUGUUUAGCAGCGCGGUGGGAGAGAAACUAGACUUUCAGUGCACUGUUUUGUGGACUGUUCGUAGUCGCCGUCGACGCUGGCGUAUAUCGUACACGUUAUUUUAUGUUUUCCAGCGCUUGCUCUGUACGCGUUGUAAGUGAGACCGCGGAUGUGAGUGAAGUAAAAAUUGAAUAGCAUCCAGAUCGCAAAUAGUGGCGGGCGAGUCCACCUGUUAAGUCGUGAAGAAGACACAGAGAGGAUGUACUAACAUAUCCCAUGCUGCACGAACAAGAAAUUUCUCAUCAUCUAGACAGCAAUAAAGAAAAUAAGAAAAGAAAAAGGCUUAGCAGUGGAGUGUCUGUGCUGAGAAUUGUAGUGUGUGUAUUAAUUUUAUAUUUAAUUUUUGAUUGGUUAAAAAAUUGAUAAUAUAUUUUUUGGUGUUCUUUAUAUACAUAAAAUUAUGGAUAACUAUCAGUGGCGAUAUGUGCUUGUUAUUACAACGGUUUAAUCGAGACCGGGCAUACGUGACCGGUUAACCAGAGCUGAAACGGUGCUUUCAUCGGAGCACUUGUAGCCAGCAUCAAGAAGAGGAAUAAGAAGAAGGAGAUAUCUUAGAUGCGAGUCAUUAGUAGAAAUAAAUGCAACAAGAAAAGAUAUGACAAAUAGCUAAAACUGCAAUGCUGAGAACGACAAUUCCUUACAAGAGAGUUAAUGGAAACGCUCGUGCCUUAAAACAGACAAAAAGAAAUCACGAAAUGGUUGAGUAAUUGUCACGCAAGAGCGAUGCUUCGGUGAGAAAGGGGGUAGAGGAUUUUUCAUAAUUUGAUGUUCAUCAAGUUUUCGUUAAUCGUCCAAAAUUUCUUUCAAUCACGUGGUGUAUGAGGAAAAAAAGGAGAAAAAAAAAGAGAAGAAAUUAUCUUUAUGUUAGUCAAGAGAUCAUUCAAGUGAGUCUGAGGAACGAUCAAAGGCCUGAGAUCUUUGCACGAUCCUCUGAACAAAGGAGCUAUAGCGGGGUCGAGCGAGUGAAAGAGAAACGUGCCUCGGCGAGGAUUGAGUUGGAGAUCGGAUGCGCCAGUAUAUAAGCAAAAAGAAGACAGAAAAGAAAGAGCAAGGGAGAACGGCCGAUCUAGGGGACACGUGUAGGUUGUGUAUAGUAAAAGAUAGAAGAUUCACAUACACAAAACAAGUACUGUGGGAUUUAUACAACGUUCGGUAAAGGAAAGAACAACAAAGACGGAGCAACGUUGCUGUGGAAACUGAUGUUCAGUGCCGUAUAAUGGCCGGGGCGCUGUCCGAGAAUGCCCCGAGACCUGUAAGUGUGGUCACCGUUGAUGGAGUUACUCCAGUAUCAGUAGAAAUACCUCCUGAAUCUGCACCUGAGGUUACUCAAGAUACUAGAAGUCCAAAUAUCCGUGAACCAUCUCGCUGUUUUGCUUCAACUGAAGCACAAACAGAUAUCGGUUUACGUAUCAGCGAAAGCACUAAUCCAAAUGUUACUGAAGAACUCAGGGAUGCACGAAGACGUGAGAGAAGAGUUCGUAGACAUCAUCGGCGAGCAAUGAGAAGUUGUUCUAUGCCACCGACAUAUCCUGGGGGACCUGGAUGUGUUCAAACAGCUGCAAGCGUUGGGGCAACACCUGGAAUGCCGUUAGUGCCGCCAGUAGGGGGUUUUCUUCAUCCUCCACCACCUCACCUGGGUCUCAGAGGGCUCAGUCUCGGUCUUCCAUUUCCGGUGCCAGCAAGCGUGUCGGCCUUUGGCAGAGACGCAGUACCGAAGCAGUGUUGCGGCUUAGGUUCUCCUCCUGUCCGCUGGUCCAUUCUUGGUGUGGGUAUUGUGGGCCUGGUUUGUGCAGCAGCGGGUGCUCUACUCGGCGCUCUGAGGGCAACCGGUCGUGAUCACAUUGCUGUUUCUCUGUUAAUGAUUGGUAUAGGAGUGGUAUUGGUGACGGUGAGCGCAGUAGCAUGGCGAGUGACCAGCCGAGAAAAUUGCGGCAGCUUCUUCGGUUUCACGGGCAUCUCAGCAAGGAUUCCACCGGCGAGGCCGAUGCAUCCAUAUGCGGCCAUGAUCUAUCCGGAAUUCCAGUUCAGGACGCCACCACCGAGUUACCAGGCUAGCAUGCAAGAGUAUAGAUUGCGAUUGUUACUGUUGGACAGACUUCAGCCUACCUCAUCGCCUCCGCCAACUUAUAGAUCCAAUACUGCAAGUAUUGUUGCUCCUUGUACAACAACGCGCGAGAGCCGACCACCAAGUUAUUGUGGACGUACAAAUGUAACACCAAAUGCAACUUUAACACCAUCGAAAAAGGAUGCCAAUCUUGUGAGGAUCGUUCAAACGGAAUCUGAACCAGUAAUUUUAAGCGGUGAUCAAACACCGCCCGUCUCUACUGCAGUAGAAAUUCUCGCUCAUUUAUAAACAAACCAUAAAGACCAUGGCUAGCGGAUAGCACCAAUUUCUAGGCAACGAUUUCAUGCUACGUUGUUCUUAACUCGCGGCGCAUUGUAGAUAUACUUCCGUUCUCGUUGUCCCUUUCUUCCAUAUCUACUUCCGUUUGAAAUGUCCUCAUGUUUCACGCACCGUUGACACCUAUCCCAGAGACGUCAUAAAUAUCAACGAAUUUUACUCAAUAUCAAUUUACAGUAUUUGGACGAGAUAAAUUGAAGUAAUAGAAUUGAGAGAGCAGAAGAAAUUUUCAUUAUCAAUAUUUGAUAUAUUUUCAUGGCAUGAGAAUUUUUACUAUCAAGCUGUUAUGACGAUAAAAAAAAUCUCUAUCUCCUUGAAUUUAGAACAAAGUGUUGAUAUGUUGUUUAACCAAACUUUUCCCUUUCUUACAUAGGCAAACAACUGCAUGUAUAUUACUGGCUAAGCUAUAGAUUCAAUUCAAUGUAUAGCCAAUAUUGAUCGAUGUCUGAUAAAAUUAAAUGCGAAACAAUGUAUGGUUAUAUUUUAUUAAAAUAUUGUGUGUGUGUGUGUGUGUGUGUGUGUAAAAAUUGUAAAGAAUAUGUCAGAAGUUUGUUAAAUGGAACCUCAGUUGCAAUUAAAAAGCGUGAAGAGUAUUGUUUGCACGAUACGUCCAACAAUUGUAAGCAUCAAAUUAUGCCAACUUGCUCGGCAGACCGCAUAACGCUCUCGUCCUCUCGAUUUUAAAUUCAACUUUCUUUCGACAUGUAUCUUGAAUGUACAAGUCGAGAAGGUUGUUGAAAAACUACAUACCAAGGGUGUUUUUAUUUAAUGUUUAUCGUGAGAAUGAAUCAUUUUU